GAACUCUGUGAGGAGAUACUAUUCCCAUUUUACAGGUUUAUGAUCUGUGAAUAUGGCUGUUAACAAAUCACCUGUGAUUGAUAAAUUUGGAGCAAUACCUCCAUCUUAUCAUGAAAAACACUUAAAAUUAAAUUUUCAAAAUUUAAGUAGAAAAGAGAGUCAUAAAGCAAGGCCAUCAUUUUCAAUCACAAAGGAAUUCAUCUUGAAGUUCAAUCAAGCACAAAAUUCCAUAGAGGAGGAAGAAUUGUUGGAAAUAGCUAGAAAAAACAUUCUAAGAUGUAAGAGAAAAUUGGGUCUCAAAACCUUGGGCUCUGGGAAACAUGUACAUCUUCCUGCUGCAUGGACUGAAGUAAUAUAUCUGGCUCAAUGCAAAGGAGAAAUCCAAGAUGAAGCCUUAAAUAUGCUUUAUGCUUCCCUGGACCAUGCUUGCUUUGAUUAUGAUCAUCUGCCUGCCUUAUUUUUUGUUGCGGAAUCAGUUUUACAUAGACUCUGUUGUGAUGCAUUCCUAAGGACAUACUUAUAUUCAGUGGAAAUAAAGCUGACAAAGAUUGGCUAUUUGGUUUUCUUACGACUUUUUAUAUUUUUCCUGCAUGGUCACUUAGAAAGUUUUAAACAACAUUUACUUAGACUUCAACCAUAUUUAUACGCACUUUCUCUAUCUGAAGAAUCUUAUUACAAGUACCCAAACAUCUUUUCGAAUGUGCAAUUCAUUCUGAAAACCUCGGAAAUUAUAUGUAAAAGAGAACUGCCUUCUGAAUCAAUCUUUGGCCCCGUUGAAAAUGAGGAAAGAUAUGAGAACAUAGAUUCUGAUAUGGUGGGUAAUCUGAUAUGCGCCAAUAGCAGAAAAGGUGAUCAAGUGGUCUGGAUUGGAUACUAUGGCUUAGUGUAUAACCUGGUGAAAAUGUCAUGGGAACUUCAGGGAGAUGAGGAACAGGAUGGACUUAGAAACAUAAUAUGGCAGACAUUGCAGAAAACAAAGGAGUAUGAGAAAGAUGCACGAAUCCAAAAUGCAAUAAAUGUAGCUCAGGCUGAGUUAAAUGACCCAACCGAUCCUUUCACUAGGUAUAGUACAAAAGCUUCAUCAAAUGUAGGGGAAGAAGUUUUCUCCAAAUACAUUGGAUGGAGAAUUGCCAAUGCACUUUCCAAACUAUUCUUUCCCUCCACUGAUGCCUGUGUCCUUCCUUUGAAGAAACCAUCUAUAAAAGGGGAUCAAAUGAAACAUCUGAAUAAAAAGCAGGAGUCCAUGAAAAAGAGAGUUCUACAUUUUACUGUAAGGGAGCAUCCUUCUGUAACAGAACUUCCCAUGUCUCCACAUUCAGAUUUCUUCACCAAGGCGGAUAAAGAGUUGGCAAAAAUCAUUGACCAUCAUUGGCAGGAAGAACUAAAGGUCCGACAGAGAGAAGAUGCAAUAUGUGAGGCCCAAGAACUUAAAGAUAAAGAGUUAGAGAAGAAAAAUCACUUCCAAGAAGUUAUGAAGAAAAGAGAAGAGAAACUGCAUAAGCAAACCAAACCCUACGAACUUCCUCCUAGGACUGAAGUACCUUCAUUAGAAAAAAAAAUGACACCCCAAAAAAUUGAGGUCUACAUGCCAGAAAUUCAUAACCCAAAAGAUACCAAGAAAGCUAUGUGUUAG